GGAGAGAGGAGAUGGUUCAGAGAUAGACGAAAAGAUGAGACGAGAGAGAAAACAGAGGAGAUAAAGACAAGAAAAAAACCGCAGUUAAAAUGCAAAACUAAACCCCAAACCACAAAAUGGCCAGUCAAUCCCAGGGUAUCCAGCAGCUCCUGCAAGCCGAGAAGCGGGCGGCUGAGAAGGUGGCAGAUGCCAGAAAGAGGAAGGCCCGGCGUCUGAAGCAGGCAAAGGAGGAGGCACAAAUGGAGGUGGACCAGUACCGCAGAGAGAGAGAGCAAGAAUUCCAGAGCAAGCAGCAGGCAGCCAUGGGCUCCCAAGGGAACUUGUCAGCUGAGGUGGAGCAGGCUACAAGGCGCCAGGUGCAGGGCAUGCAGAGCUCCCAGCAGAGAAACCGUGAACGUGUCCUGGCCCAGCUUCUCGGCAUGGUCUGCGAUGUCAGGCCCCAGGUCCACCCCAACUACCGGAUUGCUGCCUAG